AUAAUAAUAGUAAUAAUAAUAAUAAUCACCAUCAUUAUCAUCAUCAUUAUAUUAUUACUACCAAUGCUAAAAAUAAUCAAUAUCAUCAUAAUAAUAUUAAUAUUGAUCAUGAUCAUCCUCAUACUACUACUACUACUAUUGAUAAUAAUAAUAACAAUAAUAAUCGUCAAAAUAAUAAAACUAAUAAUAAUAAUUACUAUUAUACUAAUAAUAAAAUAAAACAACCAAAUACACAUAAUACACAAGAACAAAAUAAUUAUAAAACAACAGAAUAUUAUAACCGGCGCGUAUCAAAAGAAAAAUUACAUUACUUACCAAGUAAGUCACUCAUUUCAUAUUAUCCACAUCUUUUGAGACAUAAGCAAGAAUUUUUUCGAAAAAUUGCAAUAUCAAUAGAAUUAGACGAUAAAAAAGAAGAUAUUUUCCAUUUGAGUAACAUAUAUUAUCAAACAGAAUAUUUCAAGUUAGAAUCUGAAAAAUGGAAAAUUUAUAUGAGUGCAGCAAAUAAAAAACGACCCACUGAACAAAUGGAUACCAUAAUGGAAAUCGAUGAUAGUUUACCAGUAGCUAGAAUGUCACCAACAGGUCUAGCAAGACAACCAACACCCUUAGAUUUAACUCAAUUUGCUGAAAUUUUUGAGGAAUGGUUACCGCAACUGACACCAGGACAAAAACGAAAAUUAGGACAUCGAAGAGAUGAUCCACCAACAUCACCGUCUCCACGACAACCCCCCCCAAUUAUCCCGAGAAAAACAUUACCACCAAGAGAUCCUAAUGCUCUACUAAUUGGAGGAUCUCUGCGCUCAUCACCAAUUUCAAAUACAGAAAAUAAUCAUAAAAAACAACAUUUAUUCAAUUCACUUCUUCCUCUUGAGAGAAAAAAAGAAAAUGAACAACAAAUACAAAUAUCAGAUGAAGUAAGAACAAGUAACGUUCAUCGUCAAGCGAUUCACUUAGCCCUAGACUGAUAGAAUACAUGUACGGAUGUAAUAGUAAUAGCAUAAAAAGCUACAUUAAAAAAGUAAUACGCAAA